CAGUUCUGGUCUUUAAUCAGACGGAAAUAUCUGGACGCACAGGAAAAUAAGGCAGCACGACCUUGACAUCUGAUCCACAAUGACUGAGCUCUGGAUUCAAUCUGUCUUCCUAGCAGCGACUAUACUGCUUUUAUCACCCAUGAGCGAUACUAUUAAGAUAACCCCACGGCCCAAGUACCAAUACACCAAGAAGCCUCCUCGGGAGUUGGCUCACACUGCCACAUAUGUUGGUAAAUCCACAAGUACACCAAAGACAGUGGACUAUACCAAGGCAAAAGACCGUGUUUCUUCUGUUAUCACAGAAAGUACCACUGUCCCUGCUAAUACAUAUGGGGGUUAUCACUCAGACACCACAGCCACACUCAACAGUGUGCAGGAUAAUUAUACUCUGGACUAUACAGAAUGUUACCUCAACUUCUGUGAUUGCUGCCCUCCAGAACGUGGACCUGCUGGACCAAGGGGAGACAUAGGACCUCCAGGACGUCCUGGUCAAAAAGGGGACCCAGGACUCAAAGGGGCUAUAGGACCAAUGGGUCCACCAGGGAUGCCAGGAUUGAAGGGUGACAAAGGAGAAAAGGGUGAGAAAGGAAGCAGUGGAAUUGCAGGCUCUCCAGGCAUUCCAGGGAAGGCUGGACAGAAAGGUGAUACCGGACUUAAAGGUGAAAAAGGUGCUGGUGGUAUGUCAGGACUCAAAGGUGUUAAAGGUGAAAAAGGAGAGCCUAGUGAAAACACAACUAAAGGUGACAGAGGUGAGGCAGGUAAAGAUGGACCACCUGGACGACAAGGCAUGCCUGGAGACAAGGGUGAGAAAGGUGAGAGGGGAGAAUGCGGACUGCUGGGGGAGAGAGGACAAAAAGGAGAACCAGGUGAACCUGGGCCCCCAGGUAUGAGGGGUGAUCCUGGUUCUCCAGGGCAACAUGGACUGCAUGGGAACCCUGGCAUACCUGGAGAACGUGGUGAACCUGGGAGCCCAGGAAUGAAGGGGGAGCCAGGACCACGAGGUCUUGAAGGAGCUCAAGGAACAAAAGGUCCAAGAGGACCAAAAGGUGAAAGGGGUCUUCCGGGAAAGCGCGGUGACCGUGGCCUUCAAGGUAUGAAAGGGACAGCAGGUGACACUGUGGGGCAAUUGCGCUCUGCCUUCAGUGUAGGUCUCUACCCAAGCAAGUCAUUUCCACCCUCAGGCUUCCCAGUGCGCUUCGACAAGAUAUUCUACAAUGAAGAAAACCAUUAUGAUGUCACCACUAGCAAAUUCAACUGUACUUACCCAGGGGUUUAUGUCUUCUCUUACCAGAUAACUGUAAGAAACAAGCCUUUGCGUGCAUCCUUGGUUGUGAACGGGGUGCGCAAGUUGCGUUCACGGGAUGCACUUCAGGGCCAGGACAUUGACCAGGCCUCCAGCCUGGUGCUUCUGAAGCUUGUUGCUGGAGAUCAGGUGUGGGUGGAGACCCUAAGGGAUUGGAAUGGUGCCUAUUCAAGCAGUGAGGAUGACAGCACCUUUUCAGGGUUUUUGCUCUAUCCUGACUGA